GUGGCUCCAGACUUCUUUGAGUAUUUCCAGGCCCUGCUGCCGGUUCUGAAAUCCGACCCCAGUCUGUGGUGCGUGUCAGCCUGGAACGACAACGGGCGGGACGGCUACGUGGAUCCUGGCAGGGCGGAUCUGCUCUACCGGACGGACUUCUUUCCCGGCCUGGGGUGGAUGCUCCUCAGGGAGCUGUGGGAGGAGCUGGAGCCGAAGUGGCCCGCUUCGUUCUGGGACGACUGGAUGCGACAGCCGGAGCAGCGGCGGGGCCGAGCCUGCGUCCGGCCAGAGAUCUCCCGGACGUUGACGUUCGGCCGGCAGGGCGUGAGCCUGGGUCAGUUCUACGACAAGUACCUGCGCUACAUCAAGCUCAACUCCAAGUUCGUGCCUUUUACCAAACUGGACCUGGGUUACCUGAAGGAGGAGGCCUACAGGGAGAACUUUGAGAAGGAGGUGUACGCUGCUCCUGUGGUCACGUACGAAGCUGUGAAGCAGGGUCAGCUGAAGGGAACCGGUCCGUUCCGCCUUCAGUACUCCACUAAGGACAGUUUCAAAAUGUUGGCCAGGAACCUGGGGAUCAUGGACGACUUGAAGUCCGGCGUGCCGAGGACGGGAUACAGAGGGAUCGUCAGUUUCUCAUCCCGGGGGCGGAGGAUCUACUUAGCCCCGCCUCCAGGCUGGGCCCAAUACGAUCCCAGCUGGAGCUGAUGACCCACAGCGGCCUUAUCUCAGAACCUCAUUCGAGUAAACUUUCCAGACCAAAGAUGAAGAUGUUUCCGUCGUCGUCGAUGACUGCCAACACUACUCAGGUCUUCAGCCCAAAACGCUUUCUCACCGCGUCGACACGGCAUCAAACCCGCUGCAGUUCACCAGAGCUCUAUUUUUAUACCAUGCAGGGCACAUUCAAUGCAACGACCUAAUUUGCCUUUUUUUCUGUUUAGUUUAAAUCAUUGGGAGCUUCUGGUCUGUGACCA